AUGAAUUUUCCCUCACAAUUGGAGGUCCCACCGAGAUGUAAGGAGCUGCGGGGGCCCUCCGGGUUCCAGCACUUCCAGCGCCCUUCACCAGCGAUGGUCGGAGCCGGAGCCUGGAGGGGGACACCCCCAACUCCUGAGUUCAAGGAACUCAGCAGAGACGUCCCAAACGCAGGGUGGAGCAUGCUCACCAAGGGGAAGGGUAAAGAUGAUCACUUUAUGGAUUCCUUUGCAGGUGGCUUGGGGAAGUUUUUAACAGCAUGGGGCAUUCUUGGCAUCUCUCACUGGAACAGCUUUUCACUCCUGAUGCAGGAUCCUGGGGUUCCUGCAUCCUCUUGGUUUUGGGUGUGCCAUGGUGCCAGGUGGUUAAAGUCUGUGUGUGCCAAGGUGCCAGGUGCCAGGAAUGCCAACCAGGGUGCCAGGUGGUUAAAGUCCAUAGGUACCAGGGGUGCCAACCAGGCCAAGCAGUUUGCCAGGCGAUUGGAGCCAGCUCAGUGCUCUUGGUUCUGGCCAUCGACUGAGACCCCAGGUCCUGGGCCCACAACCCCCAGCUCCAGCUCCAGUCUUAGACUCCAGCACUAUUGCCACCAUGAUGGACUCUCACUGCUUUAUUCCAGCCUCUCCAUGGCAUUCUGGAGCUGUGUGAUUGUCAUAGGGAUCUGCUAUACAAUAUUUGACUUGGGCUUCCAUUUUGAUGUGGCAUGGUUCCUCACAGAGACAUCACCCUACAUGUGGUCCAAUCUAGAGAUAGGGCUAGCCAUCUCCCUCUCCGUGGUGGGAGCAGGCUGGGGCAUCUAAAUCACAGACUCCUCCAUCCUUGGUGGAGGGGUCAAGGCCCCCAGGAUCAAUCCCGAGAACUUGGUGAACAUUAUCUUUUAUGAGGCUGUGGCCAUCUACAGUAUCAUCAUGGCCAUUGUCAUCAGCAACAGGGCAGAGCUGUUCACUGGUACCACCCCCAAAACCAUUAGGAAUUGUAACUACCAUGCAGGCCAUUCCAUGUUUGGUGCUAGCUUCGCUGUGGGCUUGUCCAACCUCUUCUGUGGUGUGUGGACAAGCAUUGUGGGCAGUGAACCUGCCUUGGCUGAUGCCCAGAAUGCCAACUGCUUCAUCAAGAUCCUCAUUGUAGAGAUCUUUGGCAGUGCCAUUGGCAUUUUUGGGGUCAUUGUGGCCAUCCAUCAGACUUCUAAAAUAAAAAUGGGAGACUAG